CUUCGCCUCUGCACGCCCUUCACAGGCCAGAGUGAGAUGGCCUGAAGCUCAGCCUCCUUUCAGGCCCCCCACCUGCCUCAGAUCACUUAGACCCACAAACCCUGCCUCCGCAGCCUCAGUUCGGGGCCUUCCAACACCCCUUUGGAGAGUCCCUCCUCCCCAAGCUCUGUCUCUUGGCGCCCUGCCUGGUUGCUGUGGAAACAGGUUCCACUGCGGACAAAGGAGGGAGCUGGGUCCUGCUUCCUCCCGGUCCUGUCGAUGAGGAUUUUUAGACCGUGGAAACUGCGCUGCCCUGCCCUACACCUGCCCUCGCUCUCCGUGUUCUCGCUCAAGUGGAGCCUGCCCUCCUUUGCCACUGACGAGACCAUGUGUAAAAGCGUGACUACAGGUGAAUGGAAGAAAGUCUUCUAUGAGAAGAUGGAGGAGGCCAAGCCGGCCGACAGCUGGGACCUCAUCAUAGAUCCCAACCUCAAGCACAACGUGCUGGCCCCUGGCUGGAAGCAGUACCUGGAAUUGCAUGCCUCGGGCAGGUUCCACUGCUCCUGGUGCUGGCACACCUGGCAGUCGCCACACGUGGUCAUCCUCUUCCACAUGUACCUGGACCGCGAGCAGCGGGCGGGCUCGGUGCGCAUGCGCGUCUUCAAGCAGCUGUGCUACGAGUGCGGCACGGCGCGGCUGGACGAGUCGAGCAUGCUGGAGGAGAACAUCGAGAGCCUGGUGGACAACCUCAUCACCAGCCUGCGCGAGCAGUGCUACGGGGAGCCCGGUGGCCAGUACCGCAUCCACGUGGCCAGCCGCCAGGACACCCGGCGGCACCGCGGCGAGUUCUGCGAGGCCUGCCAGGAGGGCAUCGUGCACUGGAAGCCCAGCGAGAAGCUGCUGGAGGAAGAGGCCACCACCUACACCUUCUCGAGGGCGCCCAGCCCCACCAAGCCACAGGCGGAGGCGGGUUCUGGCUGCAACUUCUGCUCGAUACCCUGGUGCUUGUUUUGGGCCACGGUCCUGCUGCUGAUCAUCUACCUGCAGUUCUCCUUCCGCAGCUCUGUCUAAGAUUCCCUUAGUGGGCGCAGGGGAACUCUUCGCGGCCCAAGGCCCGUGGGGGCCAGCCAGCUGGAGGGAGGGGGCAAAGAGAGACCUGG